UGUGUGUGUAUAUUUUGUUAGUGUUGGUGUGUUAGGUUAUUGUGUACAUUAUUACAUUUCUUGGGGUACUCGACUCGUUAAAGUUGUGCAUGUAUUUUUCACUUGUUUACCAGAAUGUCAAGUAAAAAAAAUUUUUUCACUGAAGGCGAAAAAGUAUUAUGUUUUCAUGGACCGUUGAUUUAUGAGGCAAAGUGUCUUGAGGUUGGCUUCAAUGAUGAAAAAUCGGGAUACGAGUACAAAAUUCAUUACUCUGGAUGGAAUAAAAGUUGGGAUGAAUGGGUGCCCGAAGACAGAGUCCUCAAGUAUAAUGAACAGAAUCUACAGAGGCAGAAGGAUUUAAUCCAAGCUCAAGAAGCUGAAUCAAAAUCAAAAAAAAAAGCACGAAAGGCAGGAGGUCUUGAUACCCCGUCAGCGAAAGAAAAUUCUGAUAGCCGCUCCUCCACUCCGGUAAAUGACAAAUCAGAGAGGGGUGAAAAGCGUAAACAAGUCUCAACUCCAGUAGCACCUAUUUCAUCAUCACAAGAUUCAGCCGGAGAAACACCAUCAAAGAGACGUGCAACAAAAAUUGAUGCAGGAGUCGAAACGGAGGAGCAAUUUGGAGCAAGGCUAGAGAUUAAAAUAAAAUUGCCCGAUGAACUGAAACCGUACCUCGUAGAUGAUUGGGAUUAUAUUGUUCAACAUCGAAAGUUGGUGAACUUACCAGCCCGAGUUACAGUGGAUCAAAUUAUUGAAGACUACAGGAAAUAUAAAUUAGCAAGCCGUGGAAAUACAGCCAAAAAGGAACUAAUAAUAGGAACUCUCAUGAAUGGAGUGAAAGAGUACUUCAAUGUCAUGCUGGGAUCACAAUUACUAUACAAAUAUGAAAGGCCGCAAUAUGCUCAGAUCUUGGAAAAAUAUCCAGAUACGCCCAUGUCAAAAAUCUAUGGAUCAAUACAUCUUUUAAGACUGUUUGUGAGAAUAGGGAAAGCUUUAGCCUACACCUCUUUGGAUGAAAGGAGUGUCAAUUCUCUGACAGUAUUUUUCAUUGAGUUUGGAAAAUAUCUUGUUAAAAACAGUGCAACGCUCUUUAGUCGCUCUGACUAUGGUAUAGCGCCCCCAGACUAUCAACGCACUGCCAUGUAAUUUUUAACGUCUCUGACAGUGAAGCUACAAAUUUUACCUGAUCAAUUUUUGAAGCCCCCUCUGCCUCCAGGGUAACAAGUUUAUCUCUUUGUUGGUUUUUUCCUUUGACAAAAUUGUAUUGUUCUAGAUAAUCUAUUCUCUUAAUUUCUUUAAUUUCCUGUACUUUUUUAUACAAAUCCAUUAUUUAGUAGACUUAUUCCUAUGUGUUUUUUGUUUUCUAUCUUCAUUUGUUUUGCAAUUUUCUACUUUUUGUUUGUCACAUUGGAGUAAUUUUUUCAUCGGCUGAUUCCUAAAUGACGAGUGAGUAAUGCUCCAAAUGCAAUUUAGAUUCUGCUGGCAGCUUGGCUGAUGAGAGUGCGGUUAAACAAAUUUGACCCUAAUUUGUGUUUCCUAUGACGGUAAAGGUUUUUGGACCAGCCCAAAAUUUCCUGAAUUAAACCAAUACGUAUGCAUAUAGUCGAGUUUUCACUUGAAAGUUACAUUAUCAUUUUAUACAGUGAAAACCACUGAAAAAACUGAAUAUUAUAGAAUCUUAAAUGAUGUUGCUGAAUUUUUGUUUAUUUUCCCUCUCUUCACGAUUUGGAAACAAAAUUUUAAGUUUGUGAGUUCACCCAUAGAAGUCGGUAAUUUUGCUAUUUCAAAAAUUUUACCAUGAAAAAUUAUUGUCACUUCUGAACGUCUCCUUGCGAAAACUAGACAAGUUAUGAGCACUUCAAGAACCAUUCUGUACCUUCUAUUCCAACUGCAAAUAUUUAAUUUUUGAAAAUAUUUGGUAGUAACUAUUCUUAUCUUAGUUUGCCGGCUUGACUUGUGAAAGUUCAAUUUCGUUUCCGAGUCGCAACUCAGUUAAAAUAUUUAAUGAUAACAUUAAUUAAAUGAUUCUUAAAUGAUGUCGGUGACAAUUGUUAACAUUUUCCAUGUUUCAUGGAAUUAUAUGAAAAAUCUGCACAUCAGAAAAAAUCAGUUGUAAUGUCCGGAAGUUAUGUUGCUUUAUUUUUAAUUUUAAAAAAUGGGCUGUGGACAUAAGAUCAGUUCUACCCAAAAUACGCCAGUCAUUAAGACAUCAGGAAAACUUCUACAUCAGAUAAGAUGCCAAUUGUAUCUCAAUUUUUGCCAUUUUUUGCUUCAUUGACUGAAUUAUUUUCGUGAAUUAAUUUUGUUCAGCUCCAGUAUAAGAUAUGGAGCUGCUGUAUAUCUAAAUCAUUAUUGCUUUAUCAUUUUGAUAUUAUUAUUUAUUAUUAAUACUUCUCAAAAGGAGUCUCUUGUCCAAUUGAGGAACAUGUUUUAGAAGAUCCCUCUCUGUUUGAUAUGUUGAAUUUGUUUUGUUAUUUUUCUAACCGUUACUUUCUAUUAGCCUGCAAUCUUUCAAUGUGUUGGAGUAAGUCAAUCUUUUUCAGAAAGCUUUCAGUACAUUAAGUUUUCCAUGCUUGCAUCAAAGUGGUCUCUGGCUCUUUUUACCUCUCAUUACAUAUUCUUUGUGUCCAUUUUCUUUUUCUGAAGUUCCCCUCACCCAAAAAGGGAGCUUUGUUUGGUAUCCUGCCUUCAUUAAAAAAAAAAAAAAAAAAACUCCGAAUGGCAAUCAGCAAAUUUACUAGAAAGGAAAUCGAUUGGAGCAGUGUCUCCAGCCUAGAAGUUCUAGCUGCAAGCCUUAGCUCUUAUUCUUGUAUUUAGGGUUGAGGGCCUUCCAUAUGAGUACAAGGCUCAUAAUAACCUGGUUAAUAGCAAUGAGCGGAGAUGGCGCUGUAAGUUUCAAGGUAGUAACAGAUUACUAAUCCUGUCAGGCAGAUAAUUAAGAAAUUUACUAUCAACCUACAAUGGAAAUCCUGAUAGUAAGUAUCUUUUUCCCAUAACUUCAAAAUUACAGCAUAAAAUUAAAAUCUAGAAUUUCUCAUUUUACAAGUCAGCUUUUUAACACACUUGAGUUUUUCAAAUUCAAUGUACCAAAACGCCAAGAAAGGCGUUUUUUGUGAACUUCCUACCACAUUAAAUGGGUCCAAAGUUCAUACAAUGAAGUAAUACAAAAUCAAAUGAAAAGAAAAAAAAAGGAUUUUUGAAUGAUUUUUCUCGUGUCUUCUGCAUUUGAUUGUGCAAAUUUUGGUCGAAUCGGUAGCCUGAAUAAAUUGACCCAUUGGAUGCAAAGGUAGGUCCAGAAAAAAUGAUGUCUACAUCAAAAAUAGACAAAAUAUAGCACUCUUUAAUGCUUUAGAAAGUUCUUAGUGUGACCGGUAAGGAACAUCUCACAGAUCGUAAUUUUACGCAGUAGUUUUGGAGUUAUACCUACCAAAAAGAUACUAAUAUUUGAGAGGACUCUCAUACCAUUUUUUAUGAAAGGUUGUUUUAUUUUUAUGAAUUGUACCCCUUGAGACGUUUUUACAUACUAUUGCCAUAGAUUUUUUUUUUUUAAAGUUUUCUUUAACUGGAGGAAAAUUCUUUUGAUUGAAAACCUUUUGUACUUGUGAUACAUCUUAUUUUGAAACUCUUAUUUAUGUUUGAACUUGGAACUUAAAUUUUUAAAUGCUGAAAUUAUGAUGUAUUGUGUAUAUAGAUGUUACAAAAAGAGAAAGAAAAAUUCAGAAUAAUAAAGAAUUUUGCUACAUA